UCUAAUGCAUGUUUAAAUGUGCAAAUUCAAUCGCUUCUCUUCCUCUUCUUCUAAUGGCUUCCUCACUUGAUCACAAUCAGCUACCAAACAUCCACGGCGGCGCCACCGCAGCUCCUCCGCCUACUCCCUCCUCACAAACCAACCACCUCUCCACCUCCGCCGCCGCCGACGCUCUCUCCAGGCUCCUCCAUCGCCUACCGCCCAAUCUCUCCCUCCCUACUCGCCGCUUCCCCUCCGUUAGGUCACCGCCAACGAUUUCCUUCUCAGAAUCUCCUAAUCCUGACCUUCUCGACCGCCUUCUCUCCGCCGCCUCCGAACUCGGCUUCUUCCAACUCACCGAUCAUAAAAUCUCUUCUCAUCUCGCUCUCUCCGCCGAGUCGGAAGCCGCCGCUCUGUUCGAUCUUCCGGCCGAGAAGAAGGAGUCUCUGUUUCCGAAGAACUGGCCUCUCGGAUACAAAGGCGAUGGAGACGAAGAAUCGGACGGAAUUGGUGAAUCGUUCUGCUUCGAUUUGAGGCCGUGUUUAUCCGAUUCGGCAGAAAUUUCUUUACAUUCGUUAAAGGAGUUCGUUCUUAAAAUGGAGAGCCUCGGAUUGAAGAUCCUUGAGUUUUUGUUUCGUGCGAUUGGCUUCGAGAAUCCAAUCGGUGAAGAUCGUACCGGAUUCCGGUCGCUUAUAUGGAUAUCGGAAGGUUGUCGGAGCACGGAACCGGCAAUGGCCGAUGGAUUUUACCCAUACAUUGUUGGAUUGCAGUAUCAGAGCAAAAACCAGAGAUGUUCGCUGUUAGGGGAUUCCGGCUGGGUUGCGGCGGCGGCGGCGGCGACGGAUUCUGUGAUGGUCUCCAUCGGCGAUAUUGCGCAAGUGUGGAGCAAUGGAAAACUACCCAAGAAAGUGAGAGGGAGACCGGUGCCAACGGCGAAUACCAACGGUGCCAAUUCACACGCAAUCUCAUUAUCGCUACUCAUUACUCUUCCUGUUGACAGCCAAGUCUCUCCUCUUCUUCUGCCGUCAAGCGUAAAUGCCGACGUGGAACAAUUCAGAAGUGUCACUGCUAAAAAGAAAAAAGAAGACGACGACAACGACGAGAGGAAGGAAAAGGCAAUGUUUCAUUCAUUUAGCUUUGAAGAGUAUGCAUGGAGAGUGUAUCACGAUCGAUGUUUUCUGCUUAAAGAUCCGCUCAACAGAUAUCGAAUUUAAAUCCAUCAAUGGAUGGAUUGAGUUGCAACUAAUUUUUUGUUUGUUUUUUUUUUUUUUAAUUUAAAGCACAACUUUGGAGUAUUAUGGAUGAAGCAACAAUGUGUUGAGAGUUAUAUGUAGUACAAGUCCAUUGGACCUUUUAACCUUUGUAUCUUGACUAAUAUUUAAUGUUGUUUUA